AGACAGCAGCGACAAUUGUGUCGUGUUGGAAAGUCACGUAGCUUAGAAGACAGAAAAAUGGACUUCCCGGAUUUACAACGUGAAUGGCGUGCCCACGAAGGUGCGAGGCGAAGGUUUUUCAACCUCCGACGUUUCCUGGUGAAUUAUGCUAUGGAAGGGACGGCGCAACCAUCAGUCUUCGGAGAAACGAGCGACUUACCUGCGGCACCGAUUCCUGCGGGAGGUAUUUUUGAAGGGAAGAUGCUAGUCUAGGUGAGUCACCUCGAUCUUAAGUUCAUGAAGAUGAUGCUGACGACAUGAUGAGGAAUAACGGAAAAAGAUGGAAAAAAGGAACGAGGAACUAGACAGAAGAACUAGAAAAGCUUGCGGCUCUAAGAAAUUAUACAUAUAGAGAUGCUUUAUUUAACCCGUGAGUUGGUACAUCAAUCAAUCAAUCAAUCAAUGUUGACGUUUUUCAAAAUGAUCGUGAUGCUGAUACGUAAGUCGUUACAUGAUGAAUGAUGAAGAAGACUUCUGCUCGGCUUAUAUUUCGCCAUCUUCUCUGCUUGGUUCUGUUGCCACUUCUAGAGAAAUCUGGACCAUUUUUGCUUAGGGGUAAUUCUAGCCAAGUGCUGUGACCACUUCUCAAUCUCUACAAAUCGCAUCAUGAACAAAUCCACAAACUGUUUGCCUGACAUGAAAUAACAACUUUGACUGGCUCCAGAGCUCCAGAGGGUACUUACAUCAUCAACAAAUCUGAGAUCAACUGUCUUCUCACAGAUCCCGCCUCCCGACGCCGUACUACUGUGAAGAGACGGUCUUUCUCCGUCAUAGAGGAUCUGGCGAGGCAGGAAGAAGAAAGCCAACUACCCUCAGAGGAGAAGAAGUAUAUCGUUAUCAACGCCGUAGAGCAGGGAAAGUUAAGGGUUCUUGAAGCAUUUCAUUACUAUACAUUAGUACCAUAUUAGGCUAUGCUUCUCUCCGUUAGCAUAAGCAUUGCCAUCCAAAAAUGAAAUGUUUUAACCCUUAAGAAAAGUCAACAAAAUCCGAGCUUAUCUGCAAAAUGCUCAACUUGCACAGGACAAAACACUCUGGAACAUGAGGAACAAGAAUGGAGACACGCCUUUACUCGUAUUAAGGCUGGAGUUUAUCACUAUCCCAUUAUGCUGAGAAGUGGAGUCUCUUCCCGCCCUUGAUUAAUUUUAUAGGGGAAUGAAACCACGAGGGUCCUCUCUACGGGUGUUAGGAACGACACUAUCAAGGGCAUACCUAUGUUGACAAGGGAAGCAGGACAUCUCUCUCGACAAGGGAUAGAGGGAAAAACGGGCGCUAAGAGUCGCCAUAAAGGAUCGCGAUUUGCAAAUGAUGCACCUGCUGUGCUCAAAUUGGCCAACUUUGUUAUGGAAAGAACAUCAUGAGUCUUCCAAUUCCAGCCUACUCGAUGCUUCCUGCUCAUUACCUUUCUUCAAAUAGUAUUUUGUCACAAAAAAGAAUGACCACUUUCUCAAUCUAGGAUCUGUAAUCGCGACAUUUCACUUUCAUCAGCAUCUUUUUGACGAAGUCCCAGCAAAUUUAUGUCCCUGGUACUAUCCUGGUACUAGGAUCAUCAUCUUCAUCUUUUUCAUCUUCUUAUUCUUAUCAUUUGCAGAACAUUUGCAGAACAGAGCCGUCAUCCCUCUCUGGGUCCCACCCUCUAAUCCCGGAACUCGGCUCUACAGAUCGACCUCAAGAGCGCAGUGCUGUCCAUCUACUCGUUCUGAUGAGGGUCGAAGACGACAUCAUCCAAUUUUUCCUGAACCAUUAAGGCUUCCUGCCGCAAAUUCUAUAGGAGAGUUUAAUUUCUGCUAUGUAUCAUCUAUAGGAGAGUUGUAUCUUCUAUGUAUCAUCUAUAGGAGAGUUGUAUCUUGGACUUACUUCUCUGAACAAGUAGGAAGCAUGCUAUGUAUCUAUAGGAGACUUGGACUUACUUCUCUGAACAAGUAGAAUUGCUUCCAAGUAGGACUUGGACUUACUUCUCUGAACAAGUAGAAUUGCUUCGCCAAGUAGGGUACUACUAGUAGUUUAGAGAGAAGUACUAGUUUAGAGAGAAAGUCUAGUUAUCCGCUGAGAAGAGACUUCUCUGAAGUAUUGUCUCAUCCAAGAAGGUGGGUCGUUAGAAAGUCUAGUUAGUCGUAUACGGCUCAUCACGAUUAUGUAAAUGUAUGGACAAUGAAUUUCGGUAUUUUUAAGGUCUUCUAAGUUUUCGCAGAUUUAUCAGCUGUGGAUCGACGUGGUUGGGGUAUCGUGCACUUCUGCGCUUUUGCCGCAAACAAAGACAUCUUGGAACGCCUAAAAGAUGCGGGGUACUUUGACUAUUCGUCGUUUCCGGCGUCUGGAGAUGGGGCGCGCAAAGUUUUGCCGCCUCAUAGGCUAAAUCUGAGGAAUAAAGUUAAGCGACUUGUUGAAGUUGAUGAGAUAUGUAGUGGUAUACUGAGGCUAUGCCUCUGUCUACUUCAUUUAAAUGUCUAUGCCAGGAGUCAAGUUAUGCAGCUCGAUUCGCUCGAUUCGAUUAUAACGAGAACAAGGAUCGUCCUUGGUACCUUUUUUCCGGUGGUAGUACUAGGGAGAGGUAGAAUCAUACACUUAAACCCAUAAAUUGUUGCUUGUUUUAGUGAGAACAAAAGGCAGACGACUUCUAACACAAAAGAGGAUCUAAAUCUCUAAUCCAUACGGUUCUACCGGAAAUGCGCAGCAACAUCAUACCGAAGUCACUUCGACGAGCCAGCAAUCCAAGAAGGCGAAACCGAAGACCAGGAGUCCACUAAGAGGUUUACAGCGGUACGGAACUUUAGCCGCUAUACCGGACCAAGAAUCAGAUGCAGAAAUAUCAGAUGAGGAGUGUGGUGCAGAUCCUAUUUAUGAAGAUGUGAUGUGAUACUACUAGUAGUUGUAGAGGUCGUGGUGUGUUUUAGAUGGUUUUAGAUGGCACGAUGGAGGGUGCUAAAGUAAGUUUAACCAUUUGCUGCUUGUGCAAUUCUAGCUGUAAUUGUAAUAGUUUACCGCUCUCUAAAACCCGGAGAGCCUCGCCGAAAAGCAACACAGCAACGACGAUGAUUUUGCAGAGUCACUAGCAACUGCGAGUCUGAAGCUCCUAGGAAGCUAUGGUGCAGAAAAGAGGAGGAAAGUUGACCAGGCACGUGAAAAAGUGGAGGAAGAGGUGCAGUCCGCUUUUAGCUUCGUCGCAUCAGAUCCGCUGCCGCCGUUGCACAUAGCCGCAGCUGGUGGGCAUGCUGAUGUGUGUCUAUUUUUGAUACAUGAGUGCAGUCAAGCAGUAACGGAGCAAAGCCUGGAAGGAGGGAAGACGCCCCUGCACUGCGCUUGUCACGCGGGACAUCCGCACAUCGUGAAGCUGUUACUGUUAAGGAAAGGAGAAUUGGCAGUCUGGUAGUCGUAGAAGAGUGAUCGUGAAGAAACAGAGGAAUGUCUCAACUUUCGCGGGGUUUUUUCUCCCCAAGCUUAUGGUGUGGAAGGCUGCGCCGAUGUGGUCAGCCGCUGCAGCUUGUGGGACAACUCUGCAGGGGCAAGAGCGUGCGGGGUGGACGCGUACCCACGGCCGCAGGCUGGGAGGCCUCCGCCACUGUCGUGGGGGGGGGCGCCCUGCGCCGGUGUGGAGCCGUAAGAAACUGAGGCGCGGCGAUUUGUUGCAAACAGAUCGGUGGACCUUUGUGGGCCGUUAGGGCGAUGCACCGACAAUAGUUUGAAAUGCACGAAAGCAGGCAAAGAAAAUUCGCCGGUCCCGUCAGGAGUCGACGGCCCCAGCGAAACGAAUAAGGCGGCCUCAGCCACUCCGCGCGACUGCGGUCGCUCAGCCUCAACCGAUAAAGCAUCUCAGUGCCCCUGCUUCAACCGGAUUCGCAGCCGGACGAGUACCAAAAUGGACGGCUGCGACUGCCCCCGCCGGCCGUAAACGCCGAGCCGGAUUUCUUGGCUCGGAAAACAUUAACAAGGCCCCGCUUGAAGACCUCUAUGGACAGCCAGCACCGUUCCCGUUGCCCGACGCUUACCGCAGCAAGGGCGGCGCCGUUUGGUUUUCUCACCUUGCUGGACUGCUGUUCGCAUUGCUUGCCCGCUGCUUUUCAGCCACGUAAUAUCUUUGACGAUUCUACUCAGUUUCGGACUCAGAGCGUUGCUAGCGAGUAUCUGCAUCGUGUCACAGCUGUACCCCCGGGGGCUUGUCACUGUGCCGCAACUCAUCGAGACACGCUGGCUGGGGGUCUGCGGUUGAUAGCUUGCGGGUUUUGCAUGGUAAAAAGGAAGCCACUCGGAAGCGAACUCGUCAGCACUAUGCGAAGCACAAAAAGACGACGCGAAGGAAGAGGCGCUUCGCGUGAGUGUGGGGCAUGGAGAUGGACGCGCGAGCGCGUGUGGAGUUUUGGGCAGCCGUGUCGGUCGCGCAGGAGCUUCUGAAAGCUGUCGAGCAUGUUCCGGCAAAGAUAAAGAAGUUUGCCGCAGGGAAUCGCCUCAAGUAUCCAGAACCAACCAACGCGCAAAGUGUCGGGGUUUGAAUUCAUGCAGGAGCGCUGGCCUUCGGACGAAUGGGCGGCGUGAUUUGUAUACGAUGCGGCAGGCCGCGGCAAGAGCUCGCCCCCCUGUAUGCGCUGGCGUGCGUGAUUUCUGUGAGAUGGUGCCGAGGGUGUAGCUGCCACCGCCUUACGGGCAUGGCUUGAAGCGUCUGGGCAUAAAUGGCGCCCGGCGGAGUAGGAAAACUGACGCAGGCACCUACUCAAAACCUCCGCGCCGGGGUGUGGCCACCUCAUUGGUGCGGCAGCUGAUCCCCCUAGGAAACUUGGCUGGCGCAGCGUCUUGACUAGUCGCGGCAUUUGCAGGCGCCACCGCCUCAGCGGGGCACUCCACUCAAACAGCGACGCCGACAGGUGUGGGGCUGCUUUUAGCUCGGGGGCUGCUGUUUUUGGUCAUGGUGGCGCAUGUCAUCGAUGCCGACGAUAAAGGAGGACGGAGGGAGGCCACAGGCCUCAGAAUCAAAGCGGAACGAUGUCAGGGCUGUGUCUCUGAAGGUUUCAGAUUUUAGAGCAUGCGCCGCGUUCUGCCGCCUCUCUUUUCCAGCCUCCGACCUCUUGGCGUUUUUGCGGCGCCAAUGCCAUUCCUUGAACGCCCACGGACGCGCGCCCGCCUUGUGUUGUGGGGACGUUGUGAUGCCGGAGGCCCGCCCGUGUGCGUCUUUCCGCGUACGUUGGGCGACAGACAGUGUGCGAAGAACAUGUUGAGGAGAGCCCGCCCAAACGCCCAUGAGGGCGCGAGCACGUGAGCGCGAUCGAGGAGCCAGCGGGGCUGUGGUAGUGGCUAAGCAUGGAAAGACAGCAAGAGAGGACUCAGCGGGAAACUUUCCCGCUUGGUCGCGGGGCGGCGCUGUGGCGUGUGCGUGGGGUUGCCCGCGGGGCAGCGCAUCAGCUGGGGCCCCGUUUCUUUUGGUUUUUGAUUGUGUAGGGCCGACUUGUCUGUCAGGCGCAAGGGGUGGCUGCGCUCUGUUGUUUCCCAUCCACCUUCUUGUUGGCGAAGUCGUUUUAUUUCCAUCAACCGUCUAACCUUCCACGCCAUCGACGAAGACAAGGCAUUGGAAACGCCUGACAGCAAUGGCUGGGCACCUCUCCACUUUCUCGCUUGGAGUGGGCUGCAGCUCGUUUCGAAACAACAAGACAAGAUGGGUGAUGCCCACUUUCUGAACCUUUUAAGGCCUUCGACAACAGUAAAUUCGCCACAGUACGUAGAAGCAGUUUUCUUUUCAUUUUUCUGAGUAAGAUGGAAGAGAAAUAAGUGAUCAACAAAAAUCUAGAUGAAUUUUUAUCAUCAAGAACUCCAAAUCAUCUAAGUUUAAGCCCAAGUCCACGCACAGGCACACUGGGAACAACAUGGAACAAGCAAACUACUACUUUCUCUCCAUCUAGUAGACGAGGUCCACGGAGUGUAGGUACCCGCGUUCUCACACAGGAUGCGUGGAAACUAUCAGCUGUGGACAUCGCACGAAAAAAACACCUCACAGGAUGGUUGCUCAACAGUGAUGAGCAUCAUUUCGCUUCUGGGACUUCUUCUUUUUCUUCGAGCGGCAACGUGUAUGGUAAUGGUAAUGGUUACGGCCCUGGCUAUUGAUGAGUCAUUCUCGCUACAGUUAGAUUGAUGUCGCAGUUUGCUUCUACUACUUUUCUUAUGAUCUAUUUUCUGAGACAAGUACAACAGGAAACUUCAAUGCGUACAUCAUUAUCUAAGACGGCAACUCCUUACUUUGGUGCGCUAGAUGUGCGCGUAGGGUUACGGAAAAGACCGAGGAAGAGGACUCCGAUGACGCUGACGACAAAAGAGAUGUCGAGAUGGUGUCUGGCGGUGUUGGUGGCGGCGGUGUUGGAGGUAGCGGAGGCAUUGGGGUUGGCACAGCUCCUAGAAGUGCUGGUGGCGUGAUGAUCAAAAAUGUAACCACGUCAAAUAAGAUGCACACGACGACAAGAUCAGUAUCGCCGAACAAGAAAACCACUACUGCAGCCAUAUCUAUGUUGUGUAAAAAGUGCCAUUUAGUUCAUUACUGUUCGAAGAAGUGCCAGCAAGCAGAUUGGCCGGCCCAUAAGCGGGAAUGUCGCGAAUUUCGCGAGCGUGCAGCUGAAGAACUUGCAAAUGCCUCCCUCUAUGCAUUGAAUAAUCGUUGAUGACCUUGUCCUUGAGGACUCAAGCUUAUCUUCAUGAUGAGGACUUUAGUUUAGUUUCGUUGACUGGAUUAAGAUCAGGUUUUUAACAGAAUUGGAAUUGAUCUAAUACAACUAUGUUGGCCUUAGUAGUUUUAUUGACUGGAUUAAGAUCAGUUUCACAGAAUAGUGCUGAAGAGUGUUUAGUUACUGUGGAAACAAUUACUCCAGCUGAAUUACAAGAAAACCAAACCGUAAAAACAUUGAGUAAGCGUUCAAGCCUUCGCUUCUAUCAUACAGUUUGUAGUAGGGGACUCUUAAAAUUUUUACCUGUAGUACAACUAUUGCAAGUUGAUGUAUAGGAAAAGUUUACUGUGCAAGAGCACCUAGUAGGUGCCAAAGCGAAAAAACUCUAUUAUUCAUUUACUGAAAGAGUCAAAGCCCUGACGAUGGGAUGCGCAAGGGAUGUGGAAGUGGGGAAGCAGUGAUUUGCGAGUGAAGACUACGAG